ACGACCCACAUCAGCUCCAAGCUCCUUCGAGGUCUUGUAGGCUCUCGUCAUCAGGAGCCUCGACCCGUCUCAACCACGUCGAGACGAAUCAUCGAGCGCUGCACAAAAUGACGCUCCUUUCCAGAUCAAUCACCGUCCUUGGCGGUCUUCUGCUUGCACACGCCUGCUACUCCGCGCGAGAACAUACUGCUCUGCAAUCUCUACGGGUUGCUACCACUGCCACAGUAACUUCGUCUGCGGCCUCUCUUCCGGUUGACAUCAAACUCGAAACGAUCAUUUCAACCUUUAUUAUUCUUCUCGGGCUGGUCCUAGGCACGCGCCCGCUGCGACCGAUCGAGUGGCGCGUCUGGGCCGGGAAGAUUGAGCGUGAAGGCGAAGAAGGCUUUACAGACAAUGCUGGAGCGGUAGAAAAGGACUAUAUGGGAAAUCCGUUCAGUGUCCUGGAGUCUCGUCCCAACUUCGUGGACAUCCGGAAGCAACGCAGGGAGUUUACCGACUGGAUUCAGAAAGGAGGUGCUCAGCAAGAGCAGUGAUAGCCUGGAAUCCGCGAAAUACAACCUGUCUCUUCUUCUCUCCCUUUUUUUGGUUGCUAACAUAAAUAUUUCCGGGCUGCCUCCC